CAGCAGUGAGCCAGCUAGAUCCCCUGUUGCAACAGACGACUCCACACAAGUUUAUAUUAGAAGCUGAGUUCAGAAAUCUAGUAUCUAGAGAGAGAUUGGAAAACAGUUGAUUGGAGUGCUAUAUAUUUUUAUAAACACCCUCAUUUAUAUACAUACACACACAUAUUUUGCUCAAACAGCAUAAAUGAACUGCCUGACCAGGAGCAAAGCUUGGCAUUUUGGAGGAAGAAUUUAUUGCAUAUGAUCAGUAGAAGUAUCACAGUCAGCACUGAAACAAACUCCAGAAAUGUACUGCAGAUAUUUUGUCCUCAUCUGUGCGUGGCUUUUUCUUCCAACUCAAAGAAAGUGCACGCUGGGCCAUAAAUCGGGCACACACAGCAGUGAUGCGGUAUCGCUCCCUGGAUUUGAGAACCUCACGGAGGGCUACAACAAAUAUCUCAGGCCAUACUUUGGUGGGAAACCUGUUCAAAUAGCAUUGAGCCUGGACGUUGCAAGUAUUUCAAGUAUAUCUGAGAGUGACAUGGACUACACUGCUACAAUAUAUCUGCGGCAGCGCUGGACGGACCCCCGCCUGGUUUUUCAUGGCAACAAGAGCUUCACUUUGGAUGCUCGUCUAGUGGAAUUGCUAUGGGUGCCAGACACAUAUAUUGUGGAGUCUAAACGGUCUUUCCUGCAUGACGUUACCGUGGGGAAUCGUCUUAUAAGAUUAUUCUCCAAUGGCACUGUCUUGUAUGCAUUAAGAAUCACUACUACUGUUGCAUGUAACAUGGACCUGUCAAAAUAUCCCAUGGACACACAGAUGUGUAAACUGCAGCUGGAAAGCUGGGGAUAUGAUGGAAACGACAUAGUGUUCACUUGGUUUAGGGGAAACGAUUCAGUUCAUGGCCUGGAAAAACUGCGUCUCUCUCAGUACACUGUGGAACGUUAUUACACUCUGGUCACGAGAUCCCAGCAGGAAACAGGCAACUACCCGAGACUGAUACUGCACUUUGAGCUGCGAAGAAAUAUCCUGUACUUCAUUUUGGAGACCUAUGUUCCUUCCACGCUGCUCGUUGUCUUGUCCUGGGUUUCUUUUUGGAUCACCCUGGAUUCGGUUCCUGCAAGAACCUGCAUUGGAGUAACAACUGUGCUGUCGAUGACCACUCUGAUGAUUGGCUCCCGGACCUCACUAUCUAAAACCAACUGCUUCAUAAAGGCCAUUGACGUUUAUCUUGGCAUCUGCUUCAGUUUCAUUUUUGGUGCCCUGCUGGAAUAUGCAAUUGCUCACUACAGCUCAUCACAAAAACAUGCAGCUAAAGAGCCUCAAAAGGGGCCUACCAAAGAAACUGAAGAUGUCAACAUCACGAACAUCCUCAAUAGCUCCAUCACGAGUUAUAAGCAGAAAAUAAGUUUAUCCAGCACUGAGAUUUCCAGCGAUACCGUCGACUAUCGUGACCUGACCAUGAAAACCCAUGACAAAAUUAGGUUUGUGUUGAGAAACAAAAUGCACAGGAUCAUCAGCUAUUUCACAAUUCAGAAUCCCAGCAAUGUUGACCAUUACUCUAAGUUACUUUUUCCUUUGUUUUUCAUGCUGGUCAAUGUAUUUUACUGGGCUUACUAUCUGUAUUUUUAGAAAAUGACACCUCUUCAUUCUCACACUUCAGAGGAGCUUGAAACCAGGUGGGACCAACCUUUAUUCCUUGAUACCCCUUACUGGACAGAAAACUCACUGAGCUAAUCCUACCAUAUUACAAUUGUCCCGGAAAGAAAGGUAGAUCUUCCACAGUUCAUAGAAGGAGCUACAAUUCUCAGAACAUUGGGGACCAGGAAUAUAGCCAGUGAACCCUUAUUAUUGCUCUGUAACCAGCAUUUUUAUCCUGCUCCUUGUCUUGAGUUUCUUUUAAUAUGUGUGGGUCAGAGUGUAGUUGUGAUUCAGCCACUUUUCUCUCCAUAGAAUGCUAUUAAUCUACGAUGGCAACUGUGACGCUCUGUACCUUGGGGGAACAUCCUGAACCCCCAUGUUCAUCCUUAUAAUAUGAUUGUGUGGUAUCCAAUGCAAAGAUUGUCAUGUUAGGUGUCUUCGGAAGGCUUGUGAUGCGCUGAGUAUUGUUGUUAUAGUAAUGUUAUAGGUUGUAAUUUCAUGUAUAUAGUUAUGAGGCUGAAAAUGUGUCCUCAUGGCUUAAAACAAGCCCAGGCAAAAACUCUCCAGGAGCAGAGGGGCAGUUCACACUUCAUCAGGGCAUGUAUGGGACAAAUCCAGCCCAGCCUUACAGGAACAAAGGACACUGGCCUAGGCAACAACAAAGGAUCUGUUGGACUCUCAAGUGAGUCACUCCCCUUCCUUGGUCAGUUUGGGACUAUGAUGAGGUAAUGCUCACCUGACUCUGAGGGGGGGGAGAGGAAAGCCAAGGGGGAAGAAAGAACAUGAUAAAAGGGAGAGAUGUUCGCCACACUCUCUCUCUUCCACCUCCAUCUACAGACACCGCAACCAAGCACCUGAAGUGCUGAUCAAAGGGGAGAGCCUGGCUGAAGGGCAACCAGCCAUCCUGUGGUGAGAAGCAUCUAAGUUUGUAAGGGCACUGAAAGUGUUAAGAUCAGCUUAGAAUGCGUUUUGCUUUUAUUUCAUUUGACCAAAUCUGACUUG